GCUGCUGCAUCCUAGCUCCUACCCCCUUGCCUCCUUGUCAUGCAUUGUGGGUCAAACCCUCACAGAUGUUUGAGAAUGACCUGUCCUCCGUCCAAGCGUUCUCGGGGUCUGGGUCCAGUUUUGGAUUUGGACCCGUUUGAUGAGGGCUUCACUCAGGACGACCUCAACGAGAUCGACAUCAUCGCAUCACAGGCCAUCACCAUGGCAGGGGAAGUGGCCACAGCAACAGCGACAGCAGCAUCCGGACAAGGGCACAACGGCUUCACUGGGACCAGAGCUACGCUGGGGUCAGAUCGACACUUGGAGACACACGCACAGCUCAAAAGGAAGUUGGAGCAGGUGGAGGAGGACAUGCUGCUGAAGUCUGGGGAGAUCAGGGUUCUGAGGGACUCUCUGAGAGCGGCUCAACAAGAAGCAGAGACCCAGAGAUUGAAGAUAGUCCAAGUCCAAACUCACCAUCAAAGGGAGCAGAGCCAGAGAGAGAAGGAGUUGCUCAAAAAGGUGCAGAGUCUGGAGUCUCAGCUGCAGUUUAAGGAGGCGGAACUGAACGACGCAAGGAGCAAAAUACUGAGCGAUCGAAGGAGCUCCCCCCUCUGCAGGAACAGUCCCAAACCCUCAAUAUCUCCCUCUGGAGGUUUCAUCACUAAAGAGUCAUUCAGUGCUCAGGUCAAAACCACACCUGUCCUGGCCAGUAGGAGCGCACCUGGGCCUGCCUCAGCCAAUUGCACACCGGUGAAGACGCCAUCAAAGAGCCGCAGACAGGAAGUGACACACGCAGACCCCUUCCUGUGUUUCCGAGCACCCAGAGCCUCACAACCAGGGGGUGCCCUGCUUGGGCUCCUGUUGCAGCCUGUUUCGCAGAGAAUCAGUCUGUGUCACCUCUUGAGUCCAUCCAGUUCACUGGUCGGUGGCAGUGGUGAUGUCAUCAGCUCAGGAAAUGGUCUGAGUCUAGUCCAGUGUCUGGCUUUAACCGGACUGAACCUGAUGAGCCUCAACAGAAUGCACAGCUCAAUACCUGGUGUGCUCCUCCUCCUCCCUCUCCUCAACUCUCACCUCUCCUUGCUCUCAUCUCCCGACACAAAUGGAGCCUUCUCUGCAUGCACCUCUGCUGUCCCAGGAGCCAAAAUGGAGGAGCAGGUGCAGAGCAGACUCAGCCCCGAGGAGAGUGGUCUGGUGGCUCUGAGGACGCUAACCACUCUGCUACAGCACAGCUCAGAGGUGGUGGAGGCUGUUCUGUUGGAGAAAAGUAAAAAAAACACAACAGAAGCAAAGGUUGUGGACUCGGUUUCCCAGAGUCCUUUGCUGCCCUGUGUCCUCAAGCUGUGUAGAGCUCCACACAGAGAGAUCGCAUGUGCAGCGCUAACCACUCUGCAAGUCCUGGUCCGGAGAAGUCCAGAGAAGCAUCGGGACAGGCUGCGCUGUGUUCUCUCGGAGGUGUGUGCAUGUGUAUCAGCAGAUCAGAGGUUAAAUAUUGUGAGUUUGUGUGUGUCUGUCCUCAUGGCCCUCAGUGAUCUCAGCCUGACCCUGCAGCUCUGCUCUCAACAUGAGCCCUGUGUAGUCCUGAGGUUAUUGCAGUUUGUUCGGAGCAGAUCUGAUCCAGAAGCAACUCACAGAGACUGGGUCCAACUCAACCUCAAGGUGGUCCGCUUUUUGAGUCAAAUCCUCACUCAGAGUUCAGACAGAUCCACAAACAUCCACUGCCCCUGCUACAGCGAGAUGGUGCAGUGUGUUGUGCUGGUUCUACACCGGCUCUGGUUGGACCUCAGAUCCUCCCAGGCCCCACCCACAUCUGCACAGACCCAGCCUACACCUGCCCACCUGAGUUGGCGGGUCAUGGGGUCACUACGAGAGACAGUGCUGCUGUUUCAUUGGCUCCUUCAGAACCACAGCCGCUUCACCGAGAGUGUCAGAGGAGUGUUACACCUGUACGACCAGGUGAUCCCGGUGCUGAAGGAGACUGUGAGACCGAUCUGCUAUAGCCAGGAGCUAGUGCUGGAUGAGAUCUGCCGCUCAGAGCCCGACGACGACAUGGAUACAGACUCUGGCUCCUAAUUGUAUGGUGCAAAUACUGGCUCCUAAUUGGAUGGGACACAGACUUCCUCAUGA